GCAUCUUCUAAAAAUUCCAAAUGAUUAAAGAGUACACUAAUUUUAAUAAACUUCAACAUAUUAACGAAAAAUAACUCUGUUUAAAUAAUUAGAUAAAGUUAUAACUACGGUGAGAUUUUUGUGUGUAACAUAAAAAGAACAAAUAAUAAGAGGUGAGUAAAAGAUUGAGUUCGUUUCUGGUGGCUGAAAAACAAUGGCGAUGAUGAUUCUGCUGCAAGUCUCUCCUUCUUCCACACCGUCUUCCUUAUGGCACAUCACAAACCCUAAACCCCGAUUCCUCUUUUCUUCAAUCCAAGCUUCGUCGAAUACGAAGAAAUUCAGAUGCAGAGCCGUGAGAGAGAAAGCAGAAGAGAUCGAGGAGAAGAACACUUCUCCUUCUCCAGAGGAAGUUACCAAGAAAUACGGACUCGAAUUUGGUCUAUGGAAGAUAUUGAGCUCAAAGGAUGAAGAAACUGAUGGAGAGAAGAAGAAGAAGUCGAAAACAGAUGAAGCUAAGGAGUUGCUUGCUAAGUACGGUGGUGCUUACCUUGCAACAUCCAUUACCCUUUCCCUCAUUUCCUUCUCUCUCUGCUACGCUCUCGUCACUUCUGGUGUUGAUGUUCAAGCUCUCCUUCUCAAGGUUGGGAUUUCGACGAAUGAGACGGGAGAGAAGGUAGGAGCCUUUGCUUUGGCUUACGCGGCGCAUAAAGCUGCAUCUCCGAUUAGGUUUCCUCCUACGGUGGCUUUGACUCCUAUUGUAGCUAAUUGGAUUGGGAAGAAAGUUGACAAGGAGAAGGAUGAAUAGUCUUUUCCUUUUGUUUAUUUGGGGUUACUUAAAUGUACAUGUUAAAUAUAUAUAUUACUGGAUAAUCAUUACCUUAUGUCUACAACGAGUUUUAGCAUCUGGUGAGUAUGAAUCAAAGAGUGGCAGAAUCUAAGUUGUGAGUUUGCUUUAACUUGUCUGUCUGAGAACUGGUUGGUUGCAGACAUCUGAUAAGAGGCAGUGGUAUAUGGUUAGAACUUAGAAGGAUCUUUGUGUGUGCUUACAUGAAAAUGG